UGAUAUAUAACAAUAUAAGGUGAGAGUGUUAUAUCUCACUGGACUUGAUACCCUCUUUGGUCUCCAGUUUCAAGUGGUUAAUUUGAAUUAAGUUUCCAUUUUUGAAAGUGUUUAGAAUAUGUCUAAAGUUAUUCAAAAUUGCGUCAAAUUUGUCUCUUUCGUUAACUAUUAGCAAACGGAAUUAAUGCAUUGAUGAUGUGACAGUAAUUAUUGAGAACGUGUCAAUAAAUUGUUGUGUGCGUGGUGACGUGUAUGUUAGUAAUAGUAGAAAUGUUGUUGUAAUAAAGAUUGGGUAGGGCACUGAUUUAGGGCACACAAAAAACCAAUAAGGGUCUUCUUCUCCAUUACGGCACAGGUACAGUGGUAGGUCUUGUUCUUCAAAUUUGUCUUCUUCUCCUCUGUGUUGUUAUUGUUUACGGUUUGGAUGUUACUGUUGUGAGUUGGCAGUAAGGUGGUGGUUCGUCUUUGGCGAGUUCGUGUUUCGCCAUUCACAGUUUCUUGGCGAAGUGGUUCGUGGUUGGUGAUUGUCUCGCUUUGAGCUUUGAUUUUAACUGGCAAUGUCUUUCAAUCAAGGUUGUUCGUCUUGCUCUUGGGGGAGCUCUUGUGGUGCUUCAUCGAGGGGAUUCGUUGCAAACCAAAUAUGCCAUUGUGGGGAGGUUGCUGUGUUGAGAGUGGCAAGAACAGUUAAGAACGAGGGGAAGCAAUUCUGGGGCUGCCCAAAUUACAAGCGGACAAGAAAUGAAGAAUUUCAAGGAUGCAACUUCUUUAAAUGGCGUAAUGAAGAUAAUGUAGAUGAUGGUGGUAGUAUUAUUGCUUGGCAAAGGAGAAAGAUUAAUAGCCUGGAGAAAUCUCUUAGGGUUGUCAAAAAAGGAGAAGAUGUGGUUAGGGAUGGUAUGUUUGAUGGGGUUGAUGAACAUCAUCGUUGUAUGUAUUUUGUGUAGAAGUCCAUGAUGUGUUCUACUAGACAGUUGUUGUGAAGAGCACUUUGUCCUUAUUGUAAUAUG